UCCGAUAUAAUGGUCCGUCCUGGAGUUUCGCCAUGAUUAGGGGCGGCCAUUUCGUCGAACUCAUUCGGCGCAGAGCUCUGCUCUGCCACAUCACGAGAUCGUUCUGCCAGCGGGCGACUACUAGAGUCUGACAGCGUGAUGGCGGAGGAGGCGGACGUGUUGGUGGCGGAGGAGAAGGGAUUGGAGAGGGACGGUGAUCUGUCGGAGGAGAUCGAGGAAGGGGAGAUCAAGGAUGAUGACGCGAACCCCGAUGCUGCUGCUGCGAGGGUGGGAGCCGAGCAGCCCCACCCCCUCGAGCACUCCUGGACCUUCUGGUUCGACAACCCCCAAUCCAAGUCGAAGCACGCUGUCUGGGGCAGUUCCCUCCGCCGGAUCCAUACCUUCUCCACUGUCGAAGAUUUCUGGGGCCUAUACAAUAAUAUCAAUCAUCCAAGCAAACUGAUAACGGGAGCUGAUUUUCAUUGCUUUAAGGACAACAUUGAACCAAAAUGGGAAGACCCAGUUUGUGCUAAUGGAGGGAAAUGGACUAUUAGUUGUGCUAGAGGAAGAUCAGACCAGAUGUGGUUAUAUACUUUAUUGGCAAUGAUCGGGGAGCAGUUUGACUAUGGGGAUGAAAUUUGUGGAGCAGUUGUUAAUGUAAGAGGGAAACAAGAAAAGAUAGCUUUGUGGACCAAGAAUGCUGCUAAUGAAAAAGCUCAGAUGAGCAUCGGGAAGCAAUGGAAAGAAUUUCUGGACUAUAAUGACACUAUUAACUUUCUAGUUCAUGACGAUGCAAAGAAGCUGGAGAAGCUUGCUAAGAAUCGUUAUACGGUGUGAUUUCUGUCACCCUAUAUAACUUGUCUCAUAAACCAUACCAGUUACAACCUUCAACCUGUGUGAAGUACUGCCAUGUUUCCUAUCAAUCUCUAAUACAGAUACCAUAUGAACUUUUUGCUGUUUGAUUGCACUUUUCUAAAAAAAAGCAAAAUCCAUGUGUUUUUGUUUU